AUCACAGAACAAGCACUCCUAAUAGCCAACAACUAAACUCCAUUGACAUCACUCACCCACUCCCUUUUCACUCCCUCUUGUCUCUCCCCUCUCUCUCCCUCUCUCAAACAAGAUGGGUACUAACUUAACCCUAACCUUCAUCCUCUUCUUCACUUCCAUACUUCUCCACCUUCCUACCAUGACCAUGACCGACGACACUUGCCCUUAUCCAUGUUAUCCUCCACCUACCGGCACAGGAACAAGCACGACAAUUCCACCUCCACCUCCACCUCCAGCGUCUCAGACAGGAUCAUACCCACCUCCCGAAAACUACCCAACUCCAACAGGGACUUUCCCAUAUUACCCUUCACCACCGUCUGGUAAUAACAACUACUAUGGCCCUCCACCUCCUGACCCUAUCUUGCCUUAUUUCCCAUUCUACUACAGAAAGCCUCCUCACAAGACUGAAGUGUCAUCCGCGAUAAGUACUGUUCCGGCGUCAAGUCUCAUGAUCGCCACUGCUUUGAUCACUUUACUUUUGGUUUGAUAUUGUAAGUGAAAAUUUUUUAUGUAUUUAUCCAUGGAUUUAAUUAUAGGUUUAAUUAUUGUAGCACUUAAUUAUGUAUUAUGAGAGUGUUUUAUAGCUUGAUUUUGCUAUGUGUUGUAGUUGUGGAAAAGAUGAUCAGAAACUGCAAGAGAACUCUUCUUGUUAA